CGGCAGCAUACACUUUUCCCGGAAAAAAAAAAAAGAAAAUCUUAGCUCCCUUUGUCUUGUUCUCGCGGAGAAGCUGAAUUUAGGGUUCCGACCAUGGCCGAGUCUGUGUUGACGGAGUAUAUGCACACUCCAAAGAAGCCGAGGUUGGAAAAAUCCUCCGGAGAAUCGAAUUCCACCUCCACACGCAAACAACUCCGGAAGUACGACCCGUACGACGAUGAAUACAUACGACAGUACAUCUUAUACUACUAUCAGUUCCAUAAGAGCGAGGGUUUCGUGAUUGAUUGGGAUAAACUGGAUUUUCGGUUCGAGACUAGGCCUAUCAUGGACCCAUAUCGUAUAGCUGCGUACAGUACCAAUGAUGAAUUAAUCCGUGGCGUGGCUUGCCGUGCCAUUGCCCAACACAAUGCAGAUACAGGAAGUCGGAUUGAGUUCGUCGAUCAUGUUUCGGCAAGUUACAGGUGGUGUGCUGGUAUACUUUAUUGGGUAACGUUUUGGGCUCGGGAUUUGGCAUCAUCCAAUCCUGAGCCUAAACUUUAUCAAGCUAAUGUUCGCCUCUGUGGACAAACGUUCUGUGAGAUUUAUAUCUUCAGGCUCAAACCAACUGAUGAAGUGUGUGUGCGCGGUUAUGAUGCAGAGAUUGCUGCUGUUCAAGUGGAUCCUCCUCCUCCAUUGUAUGAUGAUGACCCAGAGUUACCCACCAUACUUUUCACUGCAACGGGUCCAGGAUCUGGUUACAUGUCCAUACCUGAAGUUUCCUUCACUCGGAUUCCUGCUGAAGUUGAGCCUGUGUCGUCACCAUAAUCCUCACCGUGGAAAUCAAACCCCUAAACGUCUCGGUUGUAUUGAUUACCUUUCUUAUUUUUUCCUCUUCCUAAUCCUAAUUAGAGCUCUAGUAACUUAGUAAGUUGUUGGAAUGAACUUAUAUAUAUCAUGAAGCCUAAAUAGCUUUGUUCCAACUUAUGUUCUUACUUCUUAUUUGUAGCGGAAUCCUUAUUUAAAAAUCUAAAUCAUAUUUCAAAUC